UCAUGACCGACCGGCAGGCUGCUGGGAUUUGUAGUUCGCACCUGUAGGAGAUGGGAUGUGCGGUGGGUUUAAACUGUUCCAACCCAACUGUCUUCCUUGGGCUGUGGUUCCUACUCGCCGUCGGUAGGGCGGAGAUUCGGCACAACGAUGUCAGCUCCUCUCGGAGCCCCACGGGGCAGCGGCAAGGACACGUCUCCGGACCCAACAUUGUACUGGUCACUUGUGAUUCUUUGGAUGGAAGAUUGACAUUCAGCCCACAGAACCAGACAAUUAAUCUUCCCAACAUAAACCUGAUGAAAGACAAUGGCGCAGUUUUUCUCAAUACCUAUAGCAACUCUCCAAUUUGCUGUCCUUCUCGAUCAGCCUUGUGGAGUGGCUUAUUUGUUCAUUUAACAAAAUCCUGGAAUAAUUUCAAGUGCUUGAACCCUGAUUACCCCACCUGGAUGAAGGUCCUGCAGAAUCAUGGCUAUUACACAAAAGUAUAUGGAAAAACUGAUUAUACUUCAGGACACCACUCAGUGAGUAACCGUGUAGAAGCCUGGACCAGGGAUGUCAAGUUUUUGCUCAGACAGGAAGGUAGACCGAUAGCAGAGCUGGUUGGUAAUGAAUCAACUGUAAGAGUCAUGGACCGUGAUUGGAAAAAUGUAGAUAAGGCAGCUGAAUGGAUACGAUACAAAGCGACACAGCUAAAUCAACCAUUUGUUCUGAGUUUGGGUCUGAAUUUGCCUCAUCCCUAUCCAACUGCAAGUAUGGGAGAAGCAUGUGGAGGGUCCACGUUUAAAACAUCACCAUAUUGGCUUAAAAAGGUGAAUCAUCGAGCAGUCAGGAUUCCAAAGUGGCUUUCUUUCACUGGAAUGCAUCCUGUGGACUAUUAUUCCUCCUACACCAAGAACUGUACUGGCAAUUUCACAAAUCAGGAGAUCAGGGACAUCAGAGCAUUUUACUAUGCAAUGUGUGCUGAAACUGACUCAAUGCUAGGUAAAAUUUUAACAACUAUUCAUGACACUGGGCUCCAAAACAACACUUACUUAAUUUUUACUUCUGAUCAUGGUGAGUUAGCAAUGGAGCAUCGUCAAUUCUAUAAAAUGAGCAUGUAUGAAGGAAGUUCUCAUGUGCCUUUACUGAUAACUGGACCAGGUAUUUCAGGAAGACAACACAUUUCAAAUUUGGUAUCUCUUGUGGACAUCUAUCCAACUCUUCUUGAUAUUGUGGGAAUCUCUCUUCCAAAAAACCUAAGUGGAUAUUCUCUACUCCCAUUGCUAAGAAGAAUUCCAAACAAUAUUUUUGUGAAAGCCUCCCGACCUGACUGGGUAUUUAGUGAGUUUCAUGGCUGCAACGUUAACGCUUCCACCUACAUGAUUCGGAGUGGCAGGUGGAAGUACAUAACCUAUGCUGAUGGGAUUUCAGUACCUUCCCAACUGUUUGAUUUGAUUGCUGAUCCAGAUGAAUUGAUAAAUGUGGCGACCAAAUACACAAAAAUUACAAGCACUCUCAAUAAGAAACUUCGCUCCAUAUUAGAUUACCCGGAGGUAUCCAGAUCUGUUCAUCAAUAUAACAAGGUUCAAUUCAGCAAAUGGAAAGAAAGCCUGGGAAAGAAUUACACAAAUGUCAUUGCCAACCUCCGAUGGCACCAGAGCUGGCAAAAGAAUCCUGCAUUUUAUCAGAAGGCAAUUGAAAAUUGGUUAAAUUCAACUAUUGGUGUAUAGUUUUCCAUGUAUUAUUACCUACAAGGAUCCAUGUCUAGUCGUUUUCACUUGUCUGCUUGCUGAACUUUGGAGAUAGUAGAUAUCGUCCACAAAUAUGAAGUCAGAAACUAUACACUCACCAAUGAAAAGCAGGUCUACCCUCCUUGGCCUUCUACUUUCACAGCAGGGGUUCCCAACCUCAGUUAAUUGUAGGGGUGUAUGGUAUAAAAUAGGUUGGGAACUCCUGCUCUAGGGGUUUGUCAGACCCAAUCUCAAACUCCUCUAUCCAGACCCCUCACCAAAUUCAACUCACCUCAAACUCCACACCUCACACUCAACUCAAGCAACUGUCCUCAAACUCCUCAGCUGAAAUUGAUUCUCAAUCUCCACAUCUCACACUCCUCUCCUCAAACUCCUGACAUCCAACUCCUCAGGUCAAUUACCUCUUAUCAAACACCUCUUGUCAAACACUCUCAUCAAGCACCUCAUCUUCAAUUUCCUCUCCUGAAAUUCCUCACUUUUCUCCUCAGAUGCCUCCCCUCUAACUCCUCUCCCCCUUAAGUCUGGAUCACUUUCCCUGUCACCCUUGUCUGGAUCGCUUUCCCCACCUCUCCACCCCCCCCACCUUAAGUCUAGAUCUCUUCUUCCAUCCCCCUAACUCUGGAUCUUUCCCCCCACCCCCUGUCCCCUCUUUGCCUCUGGAUCUCUUCUCCCAUCCUCUUUUGAUUCCAGAUCUCUUUCCCCCCACCCUAUACCCCCUCUGACUCUGGUUCUCUUCCCUGCUAUCCCCCUUUUGACUCUGGACCUUCCCCUCCCACCCUCCUUUUCACUCCAGAUCUCUCCCCUCCCCCACCCCGCCCUUUUGACUCCAGCUCUCGAUCCCCAUCCCUUUAACUCCAUAUCAAUUAUAGUCACAAAUGGGAUGCUCUGACUUUAGGACAAUUUCCCCCUCAGUUUCUGUAUCCCUGUCACACAGUUGACCAGAGUAUCCUGAAAUGCUUCCUAUUUGUGACAGUGAUUGGAUAGCUUCAAUCGUAUGUAUUUGAACAGGAGUGGAAUCACCUGUAAAGACCUUGAGUUUCAUCAUGCACCAUUAUAUUUGCAAUGUUCCAAGAACCUGUCGUUAACUUUGUUAUAAUUCCUAUCUGUUUGGUAUUUUAAAACAAUAUCAUUCAAACACAGGUACUGAUAUUUGAAAUUGAUGCUGUGAUAAACAACUCCACCUCAACUCCCCGUCUCCCCAUCUCUUUCCCAUCCCCCUUAAUAGAAAAUGCCUAACGAUCCAGUAAAGUAUUGAAAUGCCUAAAACCAGACAUUUCAUUAUUCUUUUCAUGUAGUAGUGCUGCAGUGAUUUUAUUAGUAGUGUACAAAUUAUUCAUUGAUAAUUGUUGUAUUGACAGCCCAGAGUUUGUGCUUUUGUUGUAAACUGCUGUUACUCUAGUAUUAAUUUCUGCUCAGCAUUUCAGAGAAUGUCGUGACAUUAUCUGGGAGCAUUUAUGAAACAAGUAUUUGCACAGAAAUCCAUGUGAGGUGACCAUGUAACUUGUAUAUUUUUCUAGUUCUCAUUAUAUAUCAUAUUGUUGUAGAGACAUUCCAGAUCCAGUUGCUAUUUCACAUUUAAUCAGUAGUUUAUUUAUCCAUUAAUGACUUCCCCGGCUCGAGUUUACAUAUUUCUCUAUGUUACAAAACAGAACUGUUUCGUGGACUAAUCAAAUUUGUAAAUACAGUAUAUUAAUUUGUGAGAUUUACUUUGAAUAAAACAA